GCAGCAUUUCGCGCACAACGGAGUAUUCCAAGGUUUGCAGAAGUUCUAAAUAAGUACUAUGUCUAGUGGUUUCAAAGUUGUGAAACCGAUCUUGUCCAGAAAUCAUGCAGAAGCUCGAAGGCGUGCUAUCAACUUGUAUCGUGCUUGGUAUCGACAGUUACCUUACAUACCAAAAGAAUAUAUCGAUUCUUGUGUAUGUGUUACAGUACCAAUUAUGCAAGCAAGAUUGAGAGAAGAGUUCAAUAAAAACAAAAAUAUCACUGACUUACGUAUAAUUGACUUACUGGUUCAUAAAUGGCAAAAUGAACUGAUUGAAGUGGCCCAUAUUUGGAAAUCUGAUACACAUAUAAUGGAUUAUUUCAGAGAUAGUGUGCCAGAGAAACCAAAGGACUUCUUGGAUAAAUUUUUGAGUGGGAAAUCAUAAUGAAUAUGAAGCUUGUUAAUUUUAGAGUUAUGUAUUGGUAGUAUAAUAAACUUAUUUCAUUUCGUCUCCUAUUUUUCUCAGAAACAGUAUGAUGUUCGCAUGAAUGGCAGCAUCAUAGUGAACAGAGAUAUGUGGAUCGAAAUGGGUUGUACAGCAAGGAAUGGACCACGG